AUGAAGGCUUCUAUCGGAGCCUUGGCGCUCCUGUUGGCCCAGCAGGCCAGCGCUGCCUACAUCCCUACUGGCAGUACCAAGGGAAGCCCCUUAGUCCGCCGUCAAUGGGAUGGUUUCAACGGAGGAGGUGAAACCGUUGACCCCGGGUACAAUGAACCACCACCCUGCCCCGAGUGUGAAUCUCAGUGCCCUGGUGAAAACUGCGGAGGAGGAUAUGAACCACAACCUCCGUGCCCCGGUGGAAACUGCGGAGGAAACGGUGACGGAGGCGUUGGAGGUGGCAUCGGUGGAGGAAUCGGCGGUGGCAUUGGAGGAGGCAUUGGAGGAGGCAUUGGAGGAGGCGGCGACUGCUGGGGUGGAGAUGGUGGACAACCUCCUGCCUGCUUCCCUGUUCCAGGCAACACACCUCCAGAUUGUACACCCGAACAGCAUGAUGGCUUUGAUUUUAUUGGCCUCAUUGAAGGUGCUAUUGAUUUCUUCGGCGGUUGCGACUUCUCUGGCUUCACCUGCGUGGAUGGGAUUGUCAAGGGGGCUUUGCAACUCGGUGGGAAGGCUAUCACUGCUUUGCUCGGAGCAGGUGGAGACAACGUUCCCACCAUCUCUAAGCCCGGCGGUGGAUUGACCAUUACUUCUAUCGUGAUGCAUGCUGAGGUUACAGUCCAGGUUAUCCUCGAGUUUACCAUGAAGGAUGGUUCUAUAUGCCGACAGUUUGCAACCUGCUCACCUAAUGGUGAAACCAUCCUUAACGAACAGUGUGCUGGUGCUGUUAGCGUGAGUUUCCGUCUCUCAGUCACGAGCAAGCCUCCCGCCACCAGAGACGUCAGGUGGAUACACAACCAUUCCAGGUACCAGCGAGAGCGGUGGUUGGUCUUCAAUGCCAUCUUCAUACAGCAUGCCAACUUCCGGAUACACGACCGUUCCAGGCACCAGCUUACCCUACACUACCCCCAGCGGCGGUUUCCCAACUAG